CUGGGAGCUUGGGGGCCUGGGAGCCUGGGGGCCUGGGAGCCUGAAAGCUUGGGAGCCUGGAGGCCGGGGAGCCUGGGGACCUGGGAGCCUGGGGUCCUGGGAGCCUGGGGGCCUGGGAGCUUGGGAGCCUGGGGGCCUGGGAGCCUGGGAGCCUGGGGGCCUGGGGGCCUGGGAGCCUAG